AUGGACUUUGAUGACCUGGACCAGGAGGAAGAGGUCGCCAAACAGGAGGAGGACGUAAAGCGGAAAGAAGACGAGGAGAAACGUGCAGCUGAGAAGGAAAAGCUGGCUGCCGCCCGAAGAGAGGCUUCCGAGCGCAUCGCCGCCGAGCGCGCCGAAGCGGCGGCCGGAGCGGCGGCCGCCGCCGCACCUGCCGUGCCGAAUGGUACGAAAGCAAAUGGUGUGAAUGGUGCGAAUGGUGAAGCCGAGGACCUGGCACUGUGGGAAGUCAUCGGUGGAGUUGACAAAGGAGGCAUCAUGGUUCGAGAAGGUGAAAGCACCUCCUCCACACAGAAGACCGACCGGCUCUCUACCGGGGCUUUGGUCGAGGAGUUGGAACUCAAAGGAGAUCGGCUUCAUUACAAACUCAAGAAGGGCACCGGUCCGGAGGAAGGCUGGGUGAGCGUGAAGCUGACCGGCAAGGAUCUGCUGGUGCCCUGGGUCGAGAUCGGCGAGUUUGGGCCGAAAAGACGUCCUCCAAAGUGGAAGGUGGUGAAGCAGCCACAGAUUGAAUAUGCUCAGAUGAAAGAGAUUGCGAGCAAGAAUGAUCCAGGUGACUAUUAUGGCAUGAAGUUUCCAUACACAAAGGACAUGCUUGUCGAGAUGGGUCCUGAAUGGCUGACGCAGGCCUUCCACAAGAGUGGCGUGCUGCCACGAGACAACGCGGUCACCAAAAUCACGGACGCGAAGGAGUUCGUGGGCGGUGGUGCUGGCUUGAAAUGCACCUUUACAGUGGAGUACAAGAAGGACGAAGCCUAUUUGCACAAGAAACUCUUUGCCAAGCUGCCACACAAACCUGGCGGCUCCGACAGAUACUUUGUCUCGUGCAUGUGGAACCACGACAGGCCGGAGAUCGUGUUCAACAUUUUCUUGCAGGACUCCGUGCCCUUCCGAGUCCCCAAGUUCUACUUCGGAGACAUCAGUGCUACCACGACGAACUUCAUCUUGAUCACAGAGACGAUCGAUUGGGCAGAGGGAGGCAAGAAGGUCUUUUCCCCUGGAGAGAUCGAGCCAGCCUACGACAAAUACAAGGACUGGGAGUUGCCUGAUGGUGGCCCAUGCAACUGA